AAACUGCUCUUAACUUGAGAUUGCUGGUUUUGAGGAGUGGACGUAUCUAUCAUGGCCAGCCCACCCACUCCUCAGACCUCCUCUGCAUCUCUCCCAUCUUCAGUGUUCACGCUUCCUCAUACGGCUCAGUUGGAGGCCCUCUACACGAUCAUCAGGGACAAGAACACCAGCCGCGGCGACUUCUUGUUCUAUUCUGACCGUAUCAUUCGUUUGCUGGUAGAGGAGGGUCUGAACCACCUCCCGGUCAUUCCUAAGACCGUAGAGACACCCACGGGUGCGACGUAUGAAGGUGUAGGUUUUGAGGGCAAGAUAUGUGGUGUCUCUAUCCUGCGUGCCGGUGAGGCUAUGGAGGCGGGUCUUCGAGAGGUCUGCCGUAGCGUGCGGAUUGGAAAGAUUCUGAUUCAACGAGAUGAGGAAACGGCUCUCCCAAAGUUGUUCUAUGCGAAACUCCCACAAGAUAUCGCGAAGCGAUAUGUCCUGCUCCUGGACCCUAUGCUUGCAACUGGUGGCUCUGCCAUGAAGGCGGUUGAAGUGAUCAUGGAGCAUGGUGUUCCAGAGGACCGAAUUAUCUUCAUCAACCUGAUUUCCUCUCCUGAAGGCCUUCGGACCUUUUGCACCCGGUUCCCUGCACUCAAGGUCAUUACCGGUUGGAUAGACCAAGGCUUGAAUGAGAAGGCGUAUAUCAUUCCCGGACUCGGUGACUUCGGCGAACGGAGAUAUUGUUCAUAAGCUCGGUGUGACUUGGCUUGCAGCUUUAAUGCAUGCAUUCAAUGUUUGAAGAAUGCAAGCGAGCGUUUUCAUGUACAAUUGGGUCAAAUGAAGGGCGUUUGGACACCAUGUGUGAUCACGGCUGUGCUGACGGUCGAUUACACGGAUAGCUACAGUCUACGAGUACAAUAGUCACCGAAUACGUACUAGCUGUGAGAGUACUGCAUGCUGGUUGUACGCUACCCUAAAAUAUGACCUGAGAUGUCAAUUCAAAUUCGU